GCAGGUUCUCUAUACGCGUAGAAUUUCAAUGACAAUGAAAGUUUGGAGUGAGUUGAGCGUCCACAGGGAUAGCGUUGAUAACAAUGCUAAUACGCCCUUUGAGUUCACUGAAGCUAACAUGAUGCGUAUAGCUGCAUUGAUACAAAACUAUCCAGUCGGUGCUCAAAAGGCCGCGGUGGGAGCGUGCCUGGAUAUAGUGCAGCGUCAAAUGGGUUGGAUACCCAUAUCAGCGAUGCACAAAGUGGCAGAAAUCCUGAGCAUGCCACGGAUGAGGGUUUACGAAUGGGUUUCGUUCUACACUAUGAACAAGAGGCAUUUUCGAGGUCAAUUUCACAUCCAAGUAUGCACAACAACGCCGUGCAUGCUGCGAGGUGCGGAAGAGAUCCUUGAUGCUGUGGAGCAGUCGUGCUGUUGCUGCGCUGGAGGAUUGUCAGCUGACGGCAUGUUCGGAGUAGACAUCGUGGAGUGUCAAGGCGCCUGUGUCAAUGCGCCUAUGUUUGUUGUCAACGAUGACUAUUAUGAAGACGUCGAUGCAUCAGACGUAUACAAUAUAAUUCAAACACUCAGAUGCGGCGGUAUACCACCUCCUGGACCGCAAAAUGGAAGAUUUGCUGCGGAGCCACUGUGUGGUUUGACGAGUCUGUGCGGCCCACCGCCGCCGCCGGGGCACGGCCUGCAGGACGCUCUCAUGGGAAUGCCUACUUGUCCCGGUUCAGGAAGAUAGCUUAUCCAUUGUUAUAUCAAAUAUUGAAUUGCGAAUACUGUUAAUAAAU